AUGAUCGCCCAGCGUGAUGUUAUUGCACUCUGGGGGGAUCUGGGGGCUGGCAAAACAAGUCUCGCGCGCGCGAUCAUCCAAACGCUCCUUGCUGCAUCAGGCCUGCGCGAGGAUGUGCCAAGCCCGACCUUCACGCUCGUACAAACCUAUGAGGCGGGCUCUCUGCCCAUAUGGCAUGCAGACCUUUACCGUCUAUCUGAUCCUGAUGAACUGAUCGAGCUUGGAUUGGAAGAAGCGCUUGAGGGCGGCCUUCUGCUCAUUGAAUGGCCGGACCGCAUGGCGGAUGAGCUCCCGGCCGAAAGGCUGGACAUUGAGCUGAAAGAGGUCGGCGAUGGGCGCGUCGCAUGCUUGACGGGGCGUGGGGCCGCAUGGGAAGACCGCAUUAACCGAUGGGGCACCGCAACACGAAGCUUCCUGCAGGGAGAUGCGUCGCUGCGUCGCUACGAGCGCCUGGCACUGAACGGCGCCAACGGCGUUCUCAUGGACUGGCCAGCUGGUCCCGAUGCACCGUCAGAAGGCACCCAUGCCGCCUAUUCCAAGCUUGCGCACCUGGCCGAAGAUGUACGCCCCUUCGUGGCUGUCGGCUCUUACCUCAAAAGCCUCGGACUGCGCGCGCCCGAUAUCAUUUCCAGUGACCUAGAACAUGGCUUCCUGCUGCUCGAAGAUUUCGGCACAGCUGACUUCGGUGGCGUGAUCGACAAAGGUAAAGGCCCUGCAGGCGAAGUGCUGGAUGAUAUGUAUCGCGCGGGGCUGGACGUCCUCGUGGCGUUGCAGCAGGCAGGAACGCCGGGGCUAUUGUCGGUUGGCGAUGGAAGCACCCAUGAUGUGCCUUCAUUUGAUGACGGUAUUUACCGCAUCGAAACCGCCAUGCCACUUGAUUGGUAUUUACCCGUGGUAAUGGGCACGCAGGCGAGCGACGACCUGCGGGCUGAGUAUGACGCGAUCUGGACAGCACUUUGGCCGCUGAUUGAAGCAGGCCCCCGCACACUCUUUCUGCGGGAUUUUCAUUCACCCAAUAUUCUCUGGCAAUCGAAGGGGCGCGGCUUGGAGCGUGUUGGUUUGAUUGACUAUCAGGAUGCACUGAUCGGCUCACUUGCGUAUGACCCGGUCUCCUUUCUGCAGGAUGCACGCCGGGACGUGCCCGUGGAGCGUGAAGAGGUGAUGCGCGGCUAUUAUGUUCAGGCGAUGAAGAAUGCCGAUGCUCGGUUUGACGCUGAUGAGUUUGAAGCCGCUUACGCCGUUCUGGGGGCGGAGCGCGCCCUUCGCCUCAUGGGACUGUGGCCACGGCUUUUGAAGCGAGACAAUAAGCCCCAUUACAUGGGUCACAUGGCCCGCACGCAGGAUUAUUUGAGGCGCAACCUGGCGCAUCCCGCCCUUUCCGAUCUGGCCAGCUUUGUGGAAAAUCACUUUUUGAAAGAUGCGCCCGCCGCAGGGCAGAUCGCCGAGACGCCAGCGUGA